UCUUAGCGGGCUGUGGCAAAUAUAUAUAGUUAAUGCCUCGAUAAUCACCACAUUCAAAAAUGUUCCGUUGUAUUAUCCUUAUAUCCAUACUGCAAACAUGGAUCGUGGCUGCUCAGGAAGUCAGCAGAGUUUUGCAGCAAGAUCUCGCGGCAACAGUUACCAACUACGGAUACACAUUUGAAACUCACACGGUCGUCACUGAAGAUGGUUACAUUUUGGAAACGUUUAGGGUUUGUAAGGGUUCAUGUAGUGGUAAGCCUGUAGUGUUCCUGCAGCAUGGUGUCUUUAAUACUGGGCAACAUUUUUUGUUACUUGACCCACCAAGAUCUCUUGGCUACAUAUUGGCCAACACCUACGACGUCUGGAUCGGCAACUCCCGAGGCACGACAUUCUCCAGAAGACACAAGACCCUCAACCCCGAAACCGACGCCCAAUUUUGGCGGUUCAGCUUCGACGAGAAGGGCCGUUACGACUUGCCAGCAAACAUCGACUACAUCCUGAACGCCACCGGAAGGAGCCAGUUGUACUACGUCGGCCAUUCGGAGGGAACGUCCUCGUUUUACGUCAUGGGGUCCACCAGACCCGAGUACAACGCUAAGGUCAAGGCGUCCAUUUCCUUAUCUGCCGUUGCGUAUUUGAAGCACAUAAACAAUCCGGUGUUUCAAUUGUUGGCUGCUAAUGUUCACUUGAUUGAGGAUUUAUUGGCUGGUUUGCCACUUGCUGCUGUGUAUGAUUUAAGAAUUCCUAAUGGGCUUAUAGCAAUAUUCGGUCAAAUACUUUGUUCUGAUGGGGCACUACUUACCCAGCCCGUUUGUAAACAAUUGUUGGUAAGUUUUGCUGGAUACAGCACUUUAGAACUGAACAAGACAACUAUACCAGCCAUUUUGACAAUCACCCCAUCCGAAUCUUCUAUUUUCCAAGUACUACACUAUAUACAACUUAUAAGAUCAGGAUUUUUCAGACGUUACGACUACGGACCAACAGAAAAUUUAAGGCGUUACAAUCAACCCGCACCACCCAACUACGAUUUAAGUAAAGUCACAUGUGAUACGUAUUUGAUGGUAUCACGAAAUGAUUUCUUCGCUGAUCUUGGAGAAGUACAACAAUUAACAUCGAAGCAAUUGGGAAACUUGAAGGGAAUGUACAUUGUGCCCGAUCCUUUGUGGGCACACAACGAUUUUAUCACUGGUGUUAACGCCAAAAGGUUCCUCUACGACAGAAUCUUGUGUUUGCUUACAAAUUACGAAACGAAAAGCCAGAAAAAUUGUAUGGCUCAAAAUGAUGUCUUCAAUAUUUUCGGAUAACUGUGAUUUAAAUAAUUUGUUAAGUAUUCAAUAAACUACAAUAGUUUCGA